GGCCCCGCCCCCUAGAGACGCGCCGCCGCGGAGCCGACACCCUCCCAGGUAGCGGGUGGCUGGAGAGCUUGGCGGGGUCUGUGGUCCAGGCGGCGCUCCGCCAUGAAGCUGACGCGCAAGAUGGUCCUGUCCCGGGCCAAGGCCUCGGAGCUGCACAGCGUGCGGAAGCUCAACUGCUGGGGCAGCCGCCUCACAGAUAUCUCCAUAUGCCGGGAGAUGCCCAGCCUGGAAGUGGUCACCCUCAGCGUCAACAGCAUCUCCUCCCUGGAGCCGGUGAGCCGCUGCCGGCAGCUGAGCGAGCUGUACCUGCGCGGGAACCGCAUCGCCAGCCUGGCCGAGCUCUCCCACCUGAAGGGCCUGCCGCGCCUGCGCGUGCUCUGGCUGGCGGGGAACCCGUGCUGCGGCGCGUGUCCCCACCGCUACCGCAUGACCGUGCUGCGCACCCUGCCCCAGCUGCAGAAGCUCGACAACCAGGCUGUGACGGAGGAGGAGGUGUCCCGAGCGUUGAUAGAGGGAGAGGAGGUCACCGCCCCCAGCCAGGAGGACACGGGGAACGGCCAGCCCGAGCUGUCAUAUGCGCUGAGCACCAUGGACGCCACCACUGAGACGUCACAGGACCUGCUGAGCCUCAGUGAGGAGGAGGCCAGCGUCCAGGGACAGCUCGGCCUGAAGCCCCCUUCCCGGGACCGAUUUCCGUCCUUCUCACAGAGGGAGGCCGCAAGCAGUCUCAAGAACAGGAACAACAUCCUGACAGCCAUCCUGCUGCUGCUGCGGGAACUGGACAGUGAGGGGCUGGAGGCCGUCCACCAGACCGUGGUCUGCAGGCUGCAGGCCCUGCACAAGCAGGAGCUGCAGGAGGACGUGGAGUGACUCUGGGCGGGGCUGCCAGGCCCUCCUCCCAGGACCCUGUGCUGCAGGCCAGCAUCUUCCCGAGCACCUGGGGGUUGGAGGCACAGCCAUGGCCUCGCCCCAGCACACGGGGCUGCGUCCUCAGGCAGCAGAGCUCUCGCUGUGGACGGGGGCCGCGGGGAAGGCAGGUGCCAGUGGGCGGACCCGCCCCUGUGCCCUCCUUGGCGGCAGGGCCCACCUUGCCGUGGCCUCCCUGAAGGGGGACUUGGCGGCCACUCUCCGUAAUAAAUGUUUUCCCAAAGGCUGA